UCGAUGUGACUGCUGUGGUGGUCGCCGUCGAAACCAGCGACGUCAAGGACAGUGUGCUGCUGCUGCUGCUGGACAUGAUGUAGGAGGGGGUUAGACACGCAAAUUGUAAAGGUGAGCUGUGCUUGGGCAGGUUGGCAGGCAGGCGCUGCUUGGUUCAGGCGCUGCUUGGUUCAGGAGCAGUGUCGCGGACCAGGAUCAGCAGCGAUCUUAUCACCGAAUCAGCCAGGCUGAGUUUUCCUGGAAACUUUUCGCUUGUUGACAGCGCUGGCUGCCGUUCCCGCCCUUCUCAGACCUCGCUAUUAUUUUUCUUCCACAUUCACCCCACUCCCCUCUUAUUCAAACGCGCGUUCAAUUUCAAAACUACUUAUUUCACUGCAGUAUGGAUUUCUCAGGAAGACUCGGAGGCCGCCCGCGUGGACGAGGACCCCGCGGAGACGUUGACGAGUUUGGCCGUGACCGUCGCUCGCGCCCGCACAACAGAAAGCCGUACGAGCGGCCCGGGCGCGGCGGCCGCGGCCAUAGCGCUGGGAUUCCGAUCCAGGACGAGUCGCGGGACAUUGAGAAGCGGCUGUCGUCGCUGAUCAUCAAGGUGGGCGACAAGAACCUGCCGACAAUGCAGAACAACCUGGACGCACUGAGCGUGGUGCUGGAGAAGGACUACGUGAAGCACGAGGCGACAGUCAUGAAGACGAUCCGGCAGUGCAUCCUGGAGCUGCCGUGGAAGGUGUCCGUCUACACGACGCUGGUGGGCCUGCUGAACGCGAAGAACAGCGAGACGGGCAAGCGGGUGGUGGCUAUGAUGCACGGCGUGCUGAAGAAGAACCUGGAGGCGGGCGACUGGGCGUCGGUGAAGGUGCUGAUGCGGUUCUUUGCACUGCUGGUGAACACCAAUGCAAUUGCGCCGGGUACCCUGGUGGCGAUGCUCGACGCGUUCCUGCAGCCAGUGAUUGAGGCGGGCGGCUCUGGUGUGGUCGUGUCGGCGAGGAACAACUGCUUUGUGUAUAUCGUCAUGUCGACGCUGCUGUGGGCGGGCGGCGCGCUGAAGGAGACAGCAGCCGCUGACCUCGAGCGCAUCUCGGCGAUUGUCGGCAAGUACGUGGAGCAGUUGAGCGAGAGCAGCAAGAACAACACAAUCACGACAGUGCUGCACGAUGCGCCGGCCAACGGCACCAACGUGCUGCCAUACCUGCUGGAUGUGCUGCAGGCUAUGGCCAGCAGCAACUGGGAGGUCAGCAUUGUGGUCGCGGCAUACGAGCCGUUCCUCAACGAUUUUUCGUCGGCGACGUCGCACGAGCUGCCGCUGCUGGAGAUGCCCGUCGACCUGGCGCCGUCAAAGUACUACACGCCGUCGCAGCUGGUGCAGCUGGUGCCGAGCCCCGCAGAGCAGGCAGUGAACAAGUACCUGCUGCAGGACUUUAUCUCGGACACGGUCAUGCAGCUGGAGGGCAACCGCAAGGACUGUGCCAAGUACCUGAUGCAGAUCCACGAGCUGUGCAACGAGGGCGUGGUGACGACGAUCACAUCGCAGGCAUCGCCCGAUGAGGCCGACCCGCAGAGCGCGCUGGUGUUUGAGUACCUGGUGUCGGAGGUUCUGUUUAGCUUCCUGCUGCAGCUCCCCACUGGCCUGUACCGCGAGAUGUACUACACGUCGCUGGCGAUCGAGCUGCGCAAGGCUGAGCCGCAGAUCUACCCGGCGGUGUUUAGCACGACAGUGGAGAACGUGUUUGAGCGGCUGGUGAACAUGGACGUGGAGUGCCUGAACCGGCUGUCGAACUGGCUGGCAGUGUACAUCAGCAACUUUGGGUUCCAGUGGGACUGGGACAAGUGGGAGGCAGUGGCGGAGGACGAGGCAGGCACGCCCAAGCGCUGCUUCCUGGAGGAGACGCUGCUGAAGAUCAUCCGGCUGUCGUACCUGGACCGCGUCAAGCAGCUGCUGCCCGAGUCAUGCCAGACGCUGAUCCCAGCGCGGGUGCCGACGCAGAACUUCAAAUUCACGGUGCAGGCGAUGGACGAGCGCACGCGCGCGGUCUCGGUGGCUGUGGGCGUGUGUCUGAAGAACAAGGGCACGGCGGACCAGGCGCUGGCGAUCCUCGACGAGCACUACACGCAGUGGACGGACGUGGACGAUGCGGCGCGGCGCUCAUUGGCGCGCGAGAUGCUGGUGGAGCACGUGCUGCUUUUGGGCAGCAAGACGUUCAGCCACAUGCUGAGCGCAAUCGAGCGGUUCCUGCCAGCGUUGCAAAAGUUCGGCGACACGGCCGAAGCGAAGCUGCAGAUUGCCAAGGUCACCGAGGACUUUUGGCUGCGCAACCACCAGUUCUUCGCCAUCACGAUCGACAAGCUGUUCAACUACCGUGUGAUUGAUCCGUCGACGAUUGUCGAGCUGGUGUUCGACGCGUCGCACGUGGGCAAGUGGCACCGGUUCCACUACUGGGAGAUCCUACAGAACACGGUCAACAAGGUCAACAUCCGCAUUGCGCAGCUGCAGGACCGCCUGGAGGCUGCGCGCCAGCCGGCCGCGGGCGACGAUGGUCUGGCGGGUGACGGCAUGGUGGACACCGAGGCCGUGGGGCAGAUUGAGGCGUCGCUGGCGCAGAUGGUGCAGGAGCAGCGGGACGUGGUGGUGCUGGCGAUCCAGCGCUUUGUGCAGCUGCUGGGGUCGGAGCAGGGCACGGCGUCGGCGGUGGACCGGGCGUGGCUGAUGGGCCGGUUCAAGGAAUUUGUGCGGUCGUACCGCUACCAGGUGGCAGAGGCGGCGACCACGCUGGAGAACAUUGUGUUCACGCCGGACGUCAGCGACGAGCUGCGCCAGGUGUACACUGAUGUGCGCGCCAUCACGCUCUAGCCUGCUUUUCUCUUUCUGGAUCACUUUCUCUUUUAAAGGCAUCAUUCCACCCGCACUGUCUAACCUCAGGGUUCACGAUAGCCGCCUCUAAUCCUCCCAUGCACGCGGCCGGCUGAAUCGAUCCUACUUGCCGGAUCUACUGAGGCCAAAAGGCGCGCGGUUUAUCCCCUCCGGUCGCCAAUAGGUGAAUCAUCAGUGCGACACAGCGAUAACAGCUGUGACUGAGUGCGACACAGCGCAUUCAAACAAAAAAAUAUUAAAGGCACGAGGCAAAGACAUCGGCGAUAC